CUCCCGGAAGCGGAGCGCCGGCCCAGCAACAGCUAGGUGCGCGACAGCGGCGGAGGCGGGCGCGGCAGAGGCGAAGACCCAUGCGCCGGGGUGGGGUAUCAUGGACGAAGCUGGCAGCUCAGCGAGCGGCGGAGGCUUCCGCCCGGGCGUGGACAGCCUGGACGAACCACCCAACAGCCGCCUCUUCCUGGUGAUCAGCAAGUACACGCCCGAAUCGGUGCUGAGGGAGCGCUUCUCGCCUUUUGGCGAGAUCCAGGACAUCUGGGUAGUGAGGGACAAGCACACUAAGGAGGCAAAGGGCAUCGCCUUUGUCAAGUUCGCCCGCAGCUCCCAGGCCUGCAGGGCCAUGGAGGAGAUGCAUGGCCAAUGUCUCAGCCCCAACGACACCAAGCCCAUAAAGGUUUACAUUGCUCAGUCCAGAUCAUCUGGAAGUCAUCGAGAUGUUGAAGAUGAAGAACUUACAAGAAUCUUUAUUACAAUACCAAAGUCCUAUACAGAAGAAGAUCUACGGGAAAAAUUUAAGGUGUAUGGAGAUAUCGAGUAUUGCAGCAUUAUUAAGAAUAAAGUCACUGGAGAGAGUAAAGGUCUGGGCUACGUACGAUACUUAAAACCAUCACAAGCUGCUCAAGCAAUAGAAAACUGUGAUCGAAGUUUCAGAGCAAUCUUGGCUGAGCCUAAAAAUAAAGCAUCUGAAUCUUCUGAACAAGAUUGUUACAGUAAUAUGAGGCAAGAGGCUUUGGGACAUGAACCUAGAAUAAAUAUGUUUCCAUUUGAACAACACUCUGAAUUUUCAAGUUUUGAUAAGAAUGAUAACAGAGGCCAAGAAGCUAUCUCCAAACGCUUGUCAGUUGUAUCAAGAGUUCCUUUCACUGAAGAACAGCUUUUCAGCAUUUUUGAUAUAAUACCAGGAUUGGAAUAUUGUGAAGUUCAACGAGAUCCUUAUUCAAAUUAUGGUCAUGGAGUGGUUCAGUAUUUUAAUGUAGCAUCAGCCAUUUAUGCAAAAUACAAGUUACAUGGAUUUCAGUACCCUCCUGGCAAUCGGAUACGUGUUUCCUUCAUUGAUGAUGGAAGUAAUGUAACAGAUCUCCUUAGAAAAAUGGCAACGCAGAUGGUAGCUGCACAGCUUACAUCAAUGGUGUGGAAUAACCCAAGUCAGCAGCAAUUCAUGCAAUUUGGAGGAAGUUCUGGAUCACAGUUGCCUCAAAUCCAGACUGAUGUUGUACUUCCAUCAUGCAAAAAAAAAGCCCCUCCUGAAACUCCCAUGAAAGAAAGACUUUUUAUCGUGUUUAAUCCUCAUCCUUUACCUUUAGAUGUAUUAGAAGAUAUAUUCUGUCGUUUUGGUAACCUGAUCGAAGUUUACCUUGUGUCAGGAAAAAAUGUGGGGUAUGCCAAGUAUGCGGACAGAUUAAGUGCUAAUGAUGCCAUUGCCACUUUACACGGAAAGAUUCUCAACGGGGUCAGGCUUAAAGUUAUGCUGGCAGAUUCCCCAAGAGAAGAAUCUAACAAACGGCAAAGAACAUACUGAUUCUGGAGGUUUUCUUACCAAUUGCGUGAGCUAGCGGUUGUCAGAACGAGUCCUCUCAACCCUUCCUGGUGAUGGCCCUUCCUCUCAGAGCAAGUCAGGUGAUUAGUUCUUCCUCUGUAGAAGGCAGUUGGCAUUUUGGGCCCAUUGUGAAUAAUCCUAAUUUUAAAAUGUUUUAUUAAAUGACAAAAACCAUUCUCAUUACACCAUACAUUGUUAGCAAUUUAACCCUAGAAAUAUAAAAUUGCCAGUGAAAAAGAAUUAACAAGCAGUUUUUCCUGGUUUUGACUACAAUGCUAAGAACUGAAUUCUAUUUAGACAGGCUAUCUUCACGCAAAAAAAUGUGUUUUCAGUCUAUUUCUUGCUUCUUGCUUUUGUUUGACAAACCUUUGUCCUUAAAAAGGACAAUAAUAUAGACUUCUUAGUAAGAAAAAUAUAUAAAUUAAUCUUACAACUGAGCCUUUGCUGAUGAUUAUUUACAUAUUAAGGUGAAUAUGGGGCUUAAAACCAGCAGAUCUGCCCACUUAAGUAUAACUAGGCAGGUCUCUUCAGGCCUUCCUGAGGCUCAAGUAUUUUCACAGGAUUAUUAACAGACAAUGAAUGGGCAAAAUUCCUCAUAAAAUGAGAGUAAAAAGGCUUUGCCAAGUAUAAGCUAAAACUAUUGCAUUUGUGGUUCAUUGAAACCUUGGAGAUGUCAUAUCGUUGAAAAUAAUUACAUCAGUGAUCAGAAACUAAAAUGACUCAAAUAGCACUUGGACUUUUUGUAACAAAUGCAAACAGCGUAUCUAAUCUUACAUACCCUUACAUUAAUCCAAAAUUUAAAAAAAGUAUAUAUUUUUAAAAAAGGUAUAAUGAUGUAAAACUACCUCAUGGCUAACUGUGCUAUGAGAAUUAAGCUUUAUAAUACUAUAUAUAUUUCCCCUUGAAUCCAUCUAAUUUCCUACAUUAGAGGAAUUGCAUAUUCUUCAGCAUAGCUAUUCAUAAAAAUAUAAAUCUAUCAUCUCCCCCCCUUUUCAACUGUUAUAACUGUGCUAUGAGAAUUAAGCUUUAUAAUACUAUAUAUAUUUCCCCUUGAAUCCAUCUAAUUUCCUACAUUAGAGGAAUUGCAUAUUCUUCAGCAUAGCUAUUCAUAAAAAUAUAAAUCUAUCAUCUCCCCCCCUUUUCAACUGUUACACAAAUUCAGGGCAAAGAUAAAGUAAGGUCACCUUAGUUGAAAAUGAUAUGUGGGUAGAUAUAAUUAGCCACACUGGUUUUGAGUUUUUUCUAAUUGCAUCAUGGCUUUUUAAUUUAUUUUUGCUGCAGAUCUUCUACUUACCAUGGACUCCAUAAUGAGAUUCUUCUCCUUUGUUGGUAUAAAUAUAUAUCUUAUUUUAAGAUUUGAUAAAAUAUUAUAAAAUCUUUUUCAAACUUUACAGGAUUGUGACAAGGUUUUUGGGGGGAGGGAAUGUGCUUUUUUGUUUCUUUAAUUUUAAGAGGACACAGACACAGCUUAUGAAGGCUAAUUCCUUUUGUCUCUGAGGAAUAAGCUUGGGAUUAAGUAAGCCAUGCCUAAGACAUAGAAAAAGAAACUGACCUACGAAUAUAACUCUGAAAAUAGUUGAGUUCUAUUUUGAGAUGGGUCUGAUGUCCAAAAUGUAUUUCUCUUUCUAUUUGAGGAAACUAGAAAUUUUAGUAUUUCAGAGCAUCGGAUUUUGUAUUAAUUCACAGCAUUUUACCUCUAGAAAUUCAGUACCUGGUUGCAUCAUCCUUCUGAGUAAGUUUGGUUUUGUUUAUUUGGGGCAUCUAUGAUUAAGCAGAUAACAUUGGUCAUACUGCAGUAAGGGAACAAUUUCUAACAUUUUAGGAAUACUAUAGACAACAGCUAUUUCCUUUCAGGUGAUGAUUUUUAUACUUGUGUUGUGUUCUUUCUACAGAACAAAAACUAAAUAAUGACAUAAUCCUCAGCUGACUGACUGAAAAUGUGACUGGACACACUCCCUGUGGACAGUUGACAGCUUUUUUUUUUUUUCACGUACCUGAUAGUCUAUGCACACCAUUGUUUUGUCUGGGAAGCAGGGAUUGCUGACAUGUGUUUUUGAAUCCAUACAUUAAUGCUAAAACUAAUCUAGUAGUUGUUUCUUAGAGCAAUAUGUUGUUAUGUGUAGCAGAAAUAAAAUUUGCUUUCCUUAACUAAA